UAUUAUAUUCUUUUGUGUUUUGGAUGGAAUCACGUGAAAAAGAGAGAGAUAAGUUGAGAGUGAUGUUGACUCAAAAGAGAGAAUAACUUUUGUACUCAGAUUUAUAUUUGUUACAAUAGGAGAGUAUAUGUAUUUCUAGUGAAACAAAGUCGGUGUAUCAACCGACUAUGAGCAACAAAACAAAAUUACAAAUGGACAUCUGUAGUGGUGAUGAUUUAAAGACCACUUGGGGGAUAAGAGGACAAUCUUUUUAUAAUUAUUUCUUAAACAGUUGCGUAUUAAUACCAAAACCAAUGUUUUUGAAUAGUCUCAACUGUUUUAUGUCAAAUUUGACCGUUGACUUUUUUCAGGUAUUACCAAGCCAUCAUCCCGACCAGUCCCACGUGGCAGUCGCUUACCCCACCCGCAACUAAACCGAACCAAACCACCAAACCAAUCGCCGUCCAUUUAUAGAGAAAAAAAGAAAAAGUCAUAUCUGUUCUUCAUUUUCUUAUUCCGGUUGCUGAAUCCGCCGAAUCCCACCCAAUUUUCCAAGAGGAAGAUAAUCGUUAAACGAUGCCGUAUUGCGAGGUUGUGAAAGAACACGUAGACGCAGAAACGACGCUUAACAAUGCCGGCGUCAAGAUAUUCUACAGAACCUACGGUCAUGGUCCUUCCAGAGCUCUUCUCAUCAUAGGUUUAGCCGGAACCCAUGAAUCGUGGGGACCUCAAAUCAAGGGCUUGACGGGAACGGAUCAACCCAACGACGACGACGGAAUCGUUUCCGAUGAUGAUUCAGGAAGCGGCCAAGGCAUGGAGGUCUGCGCCUUCGACAAUCGUGGUAUGGGUCGAAGCUCCGUGCCCACCCACAAAUCUGACUACACAACAACUAUAAUGGCCAAGGAUUCGAUUAGUUUGUUGGAUCAUUUGGGAUGGGAGAAGGCUCACGUAAUUGGCCACUCUAUGGGAGCUAUGGUAGCUUGCAAGUUAGCUGCAAUGGUUCCUGAACGGGUUCUUUCUCUUGCGUUGCUUAACGUUACAGGUGGAGGUUUCGAGUGCUUCCCCAAGCUUGACCGGCUAACUCUUUCCAUUGCGAUACGUUUCUGGAUGGCAAAGACCCCUCAACAAAGAGCUAAAGUUGAUUUGGAUACACAUUAUUCACAGGAUUACCUAAAAGAACGCAUAGGCACCAACACAAGGAAGGAUGUCCUAUAUGAGCAAUAUGUAAAAGGAAUAUCAGAAACUGGAAUGCAGUCAAAGGACGGGCUUGACGGCCAACUUAACGCUUGUUGGUUACACAAGAUCACAACACCAGAGACUGAACGGAUCCGCUCUGCUGGAUUUCUUGUCUCAGUCAUUCAUGGAAGACAUGAUGUCAUUGCUCAGAUAUGUCACGCGAGAAGACUGGCACAGAGGCUAUACCCUGUCGCUAGAAUGGUUGAUCUUCAUGGAGGCCAUCUUGUAAGCCACGAGAGAACAGAGGAGGUUAAUAAAUCUCUUCUUGAGUUAAUCAAAGCGUCAGGAGUGAAAAAAACAGCAACUGAUUGGACUAACCUCGCCAUGGAAGAUCCCGGUUAUUUCCAGAGGAGAAUAUCACUUAUUAGAAGCUCAUCAGAAGGCAAGAGUGCCGCUUCUCCUUCACAUUUCAUAGUGGAAAAGUUUCAUCGCUGUCUACUUUUCCUCUUCGGGCUUCUGGUGUUGGUUUAUGAGUAUGCAAGAAGAGCUUUGAGGGUGGUGAAACCCAUCAAAGUUGGUCCUUCUCUUACAUAACCAACAAACCUCUCACACUUCAAUUCAUACACGGCUUUUGACAGAGUUUUGGUACAGACCAACUAUGCAGUGCUUCAGUGAUCAAGCUGGUGAAACGUACAGACGCUAGAGAAGGAGAUGCUGCUAUUACAAGGAAGAGAGAUUAAUACAAACUGUUGAUAUGUACUUGUGUAGAGAGAGAAACAUUUUGUUAUAUUCUAUUUACCUCGGAUCGAAAUGUACUAUUGUAAAGACAAGACUUAACCUCAA